AUGCGAUUCUAUUCGGUGUUGCUGACUAUUGUGACUCUCAUUGCCAGUACUUAUGAUGCAAAAGUAAACGCUUCAGGCAUCCAGGCUAUUGCUGUCAGUAGCAUUUCCCACGAUGCUCCUGCUGCGAGGAUGCUACGAGCUGACCAUGCCGAUGAGAGAGGAAUAAGCGUACCCAGUGCCUCAAAGAUCGUCGAAUGGAUGCUUAGUCCGAAGGUAGCGAAAGAGCUCACAUUUCUCGAAAACCGCAAGGUCCAGAAGUGGGUAGACAAACAGAAGACGCAGGAGUAUGUCUUUACGAAGCUGGGCCUUAACAGCGGACUUGAUAAGGCUCUCUCCAACCCGAAGCUCCAUGUUUAUGCUGCCUACAUCGAUCGUUUCAACGUGAAAAACCCCUCAAACAAAGUGGCAUUACUCGACAAGUUUAGUGAAAAGUACACAGACGAAGGGGUAGCCAAGAUGGUAGAAAUGGGAAUACGAUCCUCAAACUUGGAGACGGAGAAUUUCGCGUCGAGACUGUGGAGGGAACUGCUGAAUAAGUGGAUGGACAAUGCCGAAUCUGCCGAGGGAGUUUUCAAGAUUCUAAAGCUUGACGAAGUGGGAGGUGGCAUUUUCGUGACGCCGCUGUUUAAUACUUGGUACGCUUUCAUAAAAGAGGGUUAUACGCGGCAGGCAGAGGAUGUCGUGCUUCGAGUCUUGUCGGACAGGUAUGGCUAUGACGGGCUAUCGAGGAUUUUCUUCCGUGGGCAGCGUAACUUUGAUCUUGUGGGCGAUCUCCCCAUCAAAUUGGAGACAAGAAUGGUGAAUAAUUGGCUGAACAAAGAUGUAUCUCCUGACAAAGUGUUCAAGCUGUUGAAGCUGGAUGAGGGACUGGAUAAGCUUCUGACCAACUCGAAUAUGCAGGUGUGGGAGAGCUACAUGAUGAAAUAUAAUUUGAUGCCCGAUGUGGAGCCAACGACGAUGAUGCAGACGAUCACGCGUUUCUACAAUUUCAAAGAAUUGUCAUCUAUGCUCGAGAACGCGAAAAUGGUGCCUGAACUGAAUAAAGUUGCAGAGAGAUGGCAACAUGAACUACGUGUUCAUUAUUUGAGAGCCCCCAAGAUGAAGAAAGAAGGAUGA